AUGCUGCCCAGCCCGGCCACCUCCACCCCCUUCUCCGUCGAGGACAUCUUGCGGCUGGAGCGCGAGCCCGGAGACUUCCAGGCUUCCCCACAGUGGGGGUUACAGGGGAGCCCGGAAAACCCUCCGUACGUGGGAGUGCACCGGGAACCGCCAGCGCCAGAGAUUCACCGCGCCUGUAGGGGGGCCAGCAGAGGUCGAGAGCGAUCCGAGCCUCGUGGGGGUCCCUGUGAGGCAGUGAAAGAGAUGCGCGCAGAACGGGUUGGGGUGCCAGAGUCUGACCUGGCCGAGGUCUUGCCCCUCAGCGGCGGUAACAGCAGGGAGCUGGAGCCCAGCCUUGGCUACAGCGGAGACCGGGUGUGCGGUGGUGGCCCGGAGCAGCCCAGGACACGACAGCGGCGGAAGCCACGCGUGCUCUUCUCGCAGGCGCAGGUGCUGGCCCUGGAGCGGCGCUUCAAGCAGCAGCGGUACCUGUCGGCGCCGGAGCGCGAGCAGCUGGCCAGAGCGCUGCAGCUCACGUCCACGCAGGUCAAGAUCUGGUUCCAGAACAGGCGCUACAAAUGCAAGAGGCAGCGCCAGGACAAGUCGCUGGAGCUGGCAGGCCACUCGCUGGCGCCGCGCCGGGUGGCGGUGCCGGUACUGGUCCGUGAUGGCAGGCCAUGCCUGGGCCCGGGCGCGUCCGCCUUCCCCGGCGCCUAUGCCGCGCCCGCUGCGCCCUAUUCUUGCUAUGGCGGUUAUGUGAGCUCCCCGUACGGAGCAGGAUACAGCGCUGGCUACGCGGGACCCGGCCCCGCCACGCCCACGCCACCGGCCAGCUCGGGCUUCGGCCACAGCGGCCCAGGCGCCACCCCCCAGGGCCAUCUGCCCGCCGCUCUGCCGGGCGUCCGGGCCUGGUGA